GGGCUGAACUUUGGGGCUUUGCUGAGUGGGGGAGGGGGAGGUGAAGGCUUCAAAGGAAAAGCCAAGACAAUGAGUCCCGCUAGUGAUUGGUUCCGAGGGUCCCUUCUUAGGUUGGAAUUGCCAGUUUGCAGCGACGAAGUGGAAGGACUUCAGGGAAGCCCCAACCAGGGGACAUGGAGCCGCCUCAGUGUGUGGAGGAGCUGGAGGAUGAUGUGUUCCAGCCGGAGGAUGGGGAGCCCAGCACCCAGCCUGGGAGCCUGCUCUCCGCUGACCUGUUUGCCCAGAGCCAGCUGGACUGUCCCCUCAGCCGCCUGCAGCUCUUCCCUCUCACCCACUGCUGUGGCCCUGGACUUCGCCCCACCAGCCAGGAAGACAAGGCCACCCAGACCCUCAGUCCAGCCUCCCCCAGCCAGGGUGUCAUGUUGCCUUGUGGGGUAACAGAAGAACCCCAGCGCCUUUUUUAUGGCAAUGCGGGCUACCGGCUCCCUCUCCCUGCCAUCUUCCCUGCCAGCUUGCCGCUAGGUGAGCCACCCCCUGAAGGGCAGUGGCAGCAGCGCGCGGAGGUACAGAUUGCCCGAAAGCUUCAGAGCAUCGCAGACCAGUUCCAUCGCCUUCACAUGCAGCAACACCAGCAGAACCGAAAUCGCGUCUGGUGGCAGCUUCUCCUCUUCCUGCACAACCUCGCAUUGAACGGGGAUGAGAACCGGAACGGGGCAGGUCCCAGGUGAGGCAGGGAUGCCUGCCCUCUCCGCAGGGGGCACACCGGGAAGGACUUCAGCGAGGACUGAGACUGUCUUGUGAAGUUGUUUUUAUAUCGUU